AUGCGCCUCGCAACCCUCAGUCUCCUCUCCAUCCUCGGAACCUCCCUGGCAUACACACUCCCCACGGACCUCACCCAAUUCUACCUCGUCACAACCUCGCAAUCAACACCCAGCACCAACUCCUCGCAACUCCAAGGCGUCUCCGCAACCGCAAUAUUCGCCGAAGACCCCGUCCUCCAAUCCUACCUGCUCCUCCGCCUAAUCGGCCCGGGCUACGCCUCGCUGCCAAACUUCACGCUCGUAGACGGCACGCUAUCUACGAUCGCCGCCGGGCCGCACGGCCAAGGCAGCUACAAGUACAACAGCACCGUGUUGUCCUCAAACAGCCCGUUGAAAUUCCUGCCCUCAGUGCAGCCAGCGGGGAACAUUGCGCUAGACGGCGGGUAUCUGCUGACGGUCGGCGGCGAGAAGGAAGGCUGGACGAUUUGCGAGGGCGCGUUGGGGCAGCGGGUGCUGUAUUGGAAGGGCGCGAAUGGGACGUGUGCGAAGACGUAUUUGCAUGCGGUGAGGGAGGUGCCGUAUAGGAAGCCGUAA